CUCCAGGCUCUGAGCUGUCAGCACAGAGUCUGAUGCAGAGCUUGAACUCAUGAACCUGAGCAAGAUCACACGACCUGAGCUGAAGUCUGUCACUUAACUGACUGAGCCACCCAGGCACCCCAAGGGAGGCCUUGACCAUGGAAGGGACCACCAGGCAAGCAGUGCUGGUGGCCACAGGAGCUGACAGCAGCAUCCCACUGACAUUGUGCAAGGAAGUGGACCCUUGCAGGAGGAGGACCGCAGUCCUCCAGCUCCAGGAAAUGGAAUUCUGCCAACAGCUCUGUUCAAGCUUGGAGGGGAUGGUGAGCGCUAGGUGCAAACACUGCCUGUGACACACCGGAGAGAACCCUCAGCAUCACACUGGACUGCUGACCUGCAGAACUGGGACACAUGGAUGGCUGCUGUCGGUGAGCUCAUUCUCUUGUAUCGAAUUCCCUGGGAGUGAGUUUUCUAGAAUAAUCCAGAGGAAGAAAGACAGCCCCUGGGCCAGGACUCAGGAAGACAGGAUGACAACGUCACCUGACCACCGUGCAUGCGGAGAGAGCCUGGGGUCACGUCCUCCUGCCUGGAUACUGAUGACGGAAGCCCAGUGCGCACUCCCAUUGAGUUUCCCGUUUUAGAGAAACAAUUAGCGCCACCGCUGUUGCCGCAUACAAAAUUCUCGGGAACAGGCUCCGUUCAGCUUUUCCCAAGACCCCGAGGGUCUGCUGCAUGGACCCCACAACCCGUCCUCCUCCUGUUCUCGGGAGGCCUACUCCUUACCGCGACCUGGGCGGGUGACUGCGGGGUCGGGAGGAAAGGGCCUCUGCGGGGCAGGAGCGCGGGGACCGCCCGCGGGGAUGCGGGACCCCGGGGAAGGCGACUGUCCGCCGCCCCGACCCCAGACCAGCACCUGCCCCUUGCCCACCCCCCACCUGUCCUCCCCCGUCCCUCCCAGAUUAGGCCCCGCUCUCACCCACUCAGAUCCCCCUCCCCCUCCCCUCCCGGCCGCCUCCCCCUGGGACCCGGGCCCCGCGCGGGGAGGAGGGUCGGGCGGGGUCUCAGCCCCUCCGCGCCCGCAGGCUCCCACUCCCUACGGUAUUUCCACACCGCGGUGUCCCGGCCCGGCCUCGGGGAGCCCCGCUUCAUCUCCGUGGGCUACGUGGACAACACGCAGUUCGAGCAGUUCGACAGCGACGCCCCGAAUCAGAGGAUGGAGCCGCGGGCGCAGUGGAUGGAGCAGGAGGGGCGGGAGUAUUGGGACGAGCAGACGCGGAUUUACAAGGACAACGCACAGGUUUUCCGAGUGAGCCUGCAGAACACGCGCGGCUACUACAACCAGAGCGAGUCGACCCUCCAAAGACACAGGCCUGCAGGGGACUGGACCUUCCAGAAGUUGGUGGCUGUGGUGGUGCCCCCUGGAGAGGAGCAGAGAUACACAUGCCAUGUGCGGCACGAGGGGCUACAGGAGCCUGUCGACCUGAGAUGGGAGCCUCCUCCUCUCAUCAUGGACAUCGUUGCUGGUCUGGUUCUCCUGGUUACUGUGCCGGUUAGAGCUGUGAUCUGGAGAAAGAAGCACUCAGGUGGAAAAGGAGGCAGCUACAUUCAGUCUGCAACACCACAAAGCAGCCAAAAGCUCAGAUGGAUUUCUUGCUUAUCUCCUCAGUCUUGGCUGAUGUCCUCAGAGCAAAAGUGAAUCUGGAGCUCUGGGCUCCCUGACCUCACCUCUCCAGGCUACAGUCCUCUCCUAGAUGUUGGCUGGGCCUCUUCGCUGUGUCUACAUGUUGAAAAUUUUAAUAAGAUAAACUAUGUUUCAUCAGGCUUUCUCAGUUGUUCUCAGUGGGAUCAUGAGUUCCUAAAUUACCUCCCUAACCAGUAGUCAGAAGACAAACUACUCUCUAGGCUGAAUGUCAGAGUACAGUGUUGAAAGCUAAUCCAGAUGGGGCAACAUCAGAGUGGGCACCAGCUCACAAGGUCAGGGUAAGGAUCACAGGUCUAAGAGGGGAACGCUGGGGACAGAGGGGAAGGACAAAGAGUCUCCCGUGUAUACUUGGUCCCAUAUUCAAUUAUGAGGCCAAAGGGACCUUCUGUUUCUCUGCGGUCACUGACUUUCCCUUCUUCUCUCUCACUGGCCCUUUCUCUGACCUUAUUCAAACCUCAGGAUCUUUCAUUAAAAAGGACAUGAAUGGAAUUGGGGUCAUUCUAGGCAAGCUACCCACAGAAAAUAUGUCUGAAAUCUCACAUAGCCCAGUUAUCUGUCGGGACAAGAGGUGGAUGCAGGGGUCAGUCCUGUCCCCACCCUCCCUUGAGUGAGGCCAACAGAGGACUCUUUCCUUCCCCAACAGGUGACCAUGGAGGUGGUGGGUUCCCCCCAGAAUCUUAGGGCAGCAGCAGCUCAUUUGUGACCUCCAAGUGGAGUUGUGAGCCCACACACGAGUCAAGUAGCACCUCAGGAUCUUUGCAAAAGAUCUUUCCAUUAUCUUUCCUCCAUCGUCCUUGGCCUCAGUAGCCAACCUUCCUGCCAUCGUCCAUACUGUUAGUCCUCCUUCAGAGAGAUGAAAUCCUCACCAUUCUAAGGGGCUAAAAGUGUCCCCUGGAGAAGCUCCCAUUGGGGUCACCAACAUCUAUAAGACUGAGACCAGGGACCAAGAAUCAGUGACAAACCAGAUUGAAUAUGACAGCUGAAGCAAAAUGCUACACACAUUUCCCAGGCUGGGAGGGGGAAGGGUGGUCAGUGCAUUCCCGGGACACAACAUGGUGAAAACCCUUUGUUCUAAAGUUGGGAAAGCCCAGCUUGUCCUUACAAGAAUCUCGACAUCACUCACAAGCCUUGCUGGACAGUCCAAACUCUGCUGGCACCGCUAACACUACAGAAGUAUUUCUGUACCCUUAUCCUUCUGAUCUCAAUAGUUAGGUCUCCUGUCCUCCAGCCACGUUGCCCACAGCUCAUGCUGUGAUGAGCACAGUGGCCUGUCCAAGUGCCGGAACUGUUUGUGGUCCAUGAAGGCAGUGGCAGGAAGCCAGGCUUGCUUAUGCCAGGUGGACAGACAUGGUGUGGAAAUACACCAGGCAGUGAGUGCCAGGGGUGGAAACAGUUACCUUGGGGUCCAACAGGGAGUGGGCUGUGAACCCACCCUCCCCCCUUCUGGCUCUGCUACUCCCUGGGCUCUCUUCUGCACCCCACCUUUGUUCAGAGAGGCAUCCCUGGGGGCCUGUUAUUGCUUUGUGCAGCUGGGACAGAUGAGAGGGACAGAAAGAGAGGCCAGGAGAGGGACAGGGUGGACAUAAGGGACCAGAGUUAGGGAGACGGCCUGGGUUUCAGUCAGGGUCAGGGAUCCCCAAAUGAGUAGAAAGAUGGUUAGGAACUGCUUGCACCAGCUUCUCCAGACAUCUCAAUAUCUGUGGAGAACUAACUCUGAAAUCCCCACCCACUUCUAUAAACACAAACCUCCACUAACUUUGAUGGGCUUUUCCAGAAUCCUAAGAUCUAAUCCCAACAAAAGUGCAUAUGAGUCAUGAGAACUAUCAGAAGAAACUGAAGGAGGUGGGGUGGGGGGUGGAAAGUAAAAGCCUGGAAAAAGUCCUAGGGAGAGGGCAACCCUGAGGGCAGGGUUCUGCUUCACAUCUGCCUCCUUAAACUGGAGAUGCUCAAAUGCAAACAUGGCUCUGUAAGUGUCUUCCCUGAGGCUUCUCUUUACCCAUGGAGCAAUCAUUGGCCCAUUCUACCUUGGACACUUGAUCCUGGGACACUCUAGGUGAACCAUCAAGGUCAUCCGGCUGCUCCAGCCCCAGGCAAUCCUUCUUGCUCUCCCUACUUCAUAGAGUGAACUCUUCUCCAAGGAAAGGCAAUUUAUUUUUGUUGAUGGACAAGGCAAGUAGGGAAGAAAGAGAGCUAGGGGACGAGGACAGAAAGGGUAGAAAGGUGUAGGGAAGAGGAGAUGUCCAGGGCUUUGGGAGGAAGUAGAGAUGGGCUAUUCUCUUUGCCCAAGCACCCACUCAGAUAGCCUUCCUUUGCUCCUCCUUCCUCGUUAUCAGUUUCUCCAGACUCCAUGCUCACCAGCCCAUAGUGAGCUUAAUCAGUAAAAUGACUCCAGAUUUACCAUAAUCAGUAAACGGGCUCCAGAGUGGAGCAGAAGGAGGGUUUGGAACCUCAUGGUCUGGCCUCUGAAUGCCUUGGGCUUGGGGCCAAAUACAAGGUCCCUACCCACUGGUGUGGAUAAUAUAAAUGUAGAUUAUUAACUAACCUGAUUGGCUUCUCUACAACCUCAAAACCCAGGGGAAACUAGACAUAAUUCUGUGUCAUCUGUGCUUUGCUAAAGCAAUCAUAAAUACCUGACACAGGUGUGUAAAAACUAAGGGUAACUCCCAGAAUGAUUUGCAGUCCCCAGCAUUUGGAUCUCUGCUAAGUUGGGCUUCCCUACCGAGCCAUUAUGCUCAAUGUGCGCUGAAGAUUUUGAGAUCCGAACCUAGACAUGUUCAGGCUUUCAUUAUUUUAUUUUCAGCAACAGGGUAGGAUGUAUCCCAUUAGUCCAGACAUGCUUUUUUUUUUUUAAGUCUGUUGGAUGAUAAUAAGAUUACCUGUCCCCUUUUCCUUUUCUUCCUUUCCCAGAAUCUCUCUGCAUGAAUCCCCCAACCCCCAAACCUGACUCAAUGGAUAGUACAGAGUCAGGAGCAGAGCCCUGAGGCCAGAUUGCCUGGGUUCUAAUUCAGGCUCCACCAUUUACUUUUUGUGUGGCCUUAGAUAAGUGAAUUAAACUCUCUGUACCUGUGUGCUCAUCUUGAAAACUGGAAAAGACACCAGUCAUUUAUUAAAAGGGUGAGGGGAGCCUGGGUGGCGCAGUCAGUUAAGCGUCCGACUUCAGCCAGGUCACGAUCUCGCGGUCCGUGAGUUCUAGCCCCGCGUCGGGCUCUGGGCUGAUGGCUCAGAGCCUGGAGCCUGUUUCCGAUUCUGUGUCUCCCUCUCUCUCUGCCCCUCCCCCGUUCAUGCUCUGUCUCUCUCUGUCCCAAAAAUAAAUAAAAACGUUGAAAAAAAAAUUUAAAAAAAAAGGGUGAAAUGUCUUAACAUGUGCAAAGCACUAUAUAAUUGUUAGAUAGUAUUAUUUUGGCUGUUGUUUUAUUAUUACCAUCUUAAGCCUUUUUCUGAGGCCUGCUUCUUCCCCCAGGCUUUUUCAGUGAAGGAAAUUCACCAUGGGAACUGACACUAUCUGGUGCAUUUAGACAGUGUGUAACUCUACGUAUUGCAGCAUCCUUAAUCAUUUCCAUCAGCUCUUUAUCACUACCCUGGGCCAUGAUAGUUCACCUUGACUUUCCUUAACCUGAAGCAAAAGAACUCUCUCUCUCUGCAAUAUAGUUCAUGACAAAGUAAGGCAUAGUCUUUAAUCCCUUCUUUUUUUUUUUUUUUUAAUAUUUUUACUCCCUUCUUUAGUUAGAAUCUUCAGUCUGUGGUUUGCCUGUAAGUUCCAGUCUAGUGACUGACCUUAAGAGCAAGUCUAUAAGUAGUACAUGACCUUGUGAAAUGAUCCAGUGACAUUCUUUUAUUUCCACAUUGAGCAUAUAGACUCGGUGUCCUUUGAGUCAAAAAAAAUUUCCCCAAAAUUAAAAGCCACUAUGCACCAACCAUAAUGUUCUAAAUGAGAAAAUCUGUCAAUGUCAACUGUUGACAAGGAUGUGAAAGAGCUGAGCACUGCUGUUGAAAAGAAUAAAUAUGUUCAGCCAAUUUGAAAAUUGGCUUGUCCUUAUCUUCCAAAGAUAAAGAUUCACCUUCCCUAUACUUGUGGAUUCCACUUUUAGGUAUAUAACAACAACAACAACAACAACAACAACAAAAUAUGUGAAACAUCGAUGUAUUAUUCAAAGCAGUUUUGGUUGUGAUAGUCAAAAGAUGGAAACAAUCCCAAAAUUUAUUAGCAGUACAGUGGAUAAACUGACUCAUGUUCACAUAAUAAGAUGCUACACAAGUAACAAAAAUGGACAAAAUACAGCUACCCACAAUUACACAGAUGAAUCUCACAAAUAAUAUUGUCAUGCACACAACACACAAUGUAUGAUUCCAUCUAUAUAAAGUUUUAAACAGAAAAAAGUAAUCUGUUGCUAAAAUUCAGAUUAAUGGUUAUUUGGGGGCAGGAAGAAGAGCUCAGUGAUUGAGGGGUGUGUGAGAAGGCUUUCUGUGGUGCUGGCAAUGUUCUAUUUCUUGACUUAUGGGUUGUAAAAGAGGUGUGUUAAUUUUGUGAAAAUUAAGCUGUUACUGAUGAUCCGUGUGUUUUACACUUGAAUUAGUAAAAUGUAAAUGAAUCUUUUA